CCGAGCCGUAGCGGUCUAACCGGGUCUAACCGGGUCUAACCGGGUGACUCCCGUCCCCCCCCCCGGGUAGAUCCUGAUCAGCCUGAUCAUGUCCGGCCUCCCCCGGACCGGGUCCCCUCUCAGCCUCCAGAUCCGCCAGAAGCUCCGGUUCGCCUCCAGCGACGGAGAGGACGAGCCCCCGGAGGAGGGCAACACCAGCACCGGGGCCGAGUCCGGCUUCACGGAGAUGGACUCCCCGGUGCCGCUCCGCCGGGCCCCCGGGGGGCCGCGGGUCCUGGACCGGUCCGGGGACGACGACGUGGAGCUGUGGGACGAGGACAGCUUCGGGUCCCCGACCCUCCGGUCCCCGUCCCUCCGGUCCCCGUCCCUCCUCCGGUCCCCGACCCUCCGGUCCCCGACCCUCCGGUCCCCCAGCAGCGUGAUCUUCAACAGCUGCUCCCCGUCCCCCAGGAAGGCGUCCCGGCUGUUCGGGGGCUCCCCGGACCGGUCCUCCGGCCCGGAGGACGGGGAGGGAUCCAGCUCCCCGAUCCCGGACUGCCCCGAUACUCCUCCACACAAAACCUUCAGGAAGCUGCGACUGUUCGACACCCCGCACACACCCAAGAGUCUGCUGUCCAGGGCCCGGGGCUCCGGGGGCCCCGGCUCCUCCAGCAGGAGAGUGGCCCUCUUCAAGACCGUGGAGGCUUCAGGGAAGUCGACCAGCGACAGCAGCAGGAGGCAGCAGACUCCUCUGGUGAACUUUAACCCCUUCACCCCCGACUCCCUCCUCAUCCAGUCAGCCACCCAGCAGAGGAACCGCAAGAGAGCGCACUGGAACGACUCGUGUGGAGAAGACAUGGAGGCCAGUGACGGAGAAGGAGAGGAGGAGGUCCUGCCUCCUUCCAAGAGGAUCACCAUGAUGGAGAGCAACAUGAUGUCCAGGUACGCCUCCGAGUUCCUGGAGCUGGAGAAGAUCGGCUGUGGAGAGUUUGGCGCCGUGUUCAAGUGUGUAAAGAGACUCGACGGCUGCAUUUACGCCAUCAAGAGAUCCAAGAAGCCUCUGGCCGGAUCCGUCGACGAACAGAACGCCCUGCGGGAGGUGUACGCCCACGCCGUCCUGGGCCAGCACCCCCACGUGGUGCGCUACUACUCGGCGUGGGCCGAGGACGACCACAUGCUGAUCCAGAACGAGUACUGCAACGGGGGCACGCUGUCCGACGUGAUCUCUGAGAACUACCGGCGGCUCAGCUACCUGACGGAGCUGGAGCUGAAGGACCUGCUGCUGCAGGUCACACGGGGACUCAAGUACAUCCACUCCACGACCCUGGUCCACAUGGACAUCAAGCCCAGCAACAUCUUUAUCUCCAGGAAGUCCGUCGCCAGCUGUGACGAGUGUGACGAUGAUGAAGGAGUGACCACCAGCGUCGUCUACAAAAUAGGUGAUCUGGGUCAUGUGACGCGGGUGAACAACCCUCAGGUGGAGGAAGGAGACAGCAGAUAUCUGGCUAAUGAAGUUCUCCAGGAGGACUACAGUAACCUGCAGAAGGCCGAUAUCUUCGCUCUGGCCCUGACGGUGGUCAGCGCCUCGGGGGCGGAGCCUCUCCCCACCAACGGAGACAAGUGGCACGAGGUCCGACAGGGGAAACUCCCCGCCGUCCCCCAGCUGCUGUCCGCCGACCUCCUCGCCCUGCUCAAGCUGAUGAUCCAUCCUGAUCCCAGUCGGAGGCCGUCCACGUCUGAGCUCAUCAAACAGCCGGUUCUCCUCACCGCCGCCAGGAUGAGCGCCGACCAGCUCCGAGUGGAGCUCAACGCCGAGAAGUUCAAGAACGCCCUGCUGCAGAAGGAGCUGAAGAAGGCCCAGCAGGCCCGAGCUGCAGCCGAGGAGAAGGUUCUGUCCACCGACCGGAUCCUGACCCGCUCCACGCUCCAGUCCAACCCCAGAACCUCCAGACUGGUCGGGAAGAAGAUGAACCGUUCCGUCAGCCUCACCAUCUACUGAGACUUGGACAGGAAGUGAAGGAGCUUUAAACUGAAGGCUCAGAGGAAACUUGAACUCAACACAAACUCUGGUUGAAACGUGGUUCAGCCCUUUCCUCUCCGAAGCUUUCCUCUUUGGGACUCUUUGCUGGAAGGUAGUUUGUAGCUUUAACCUUCCUGAAGUCGUGCUAGGCGUCGGCUCUCUCCUGUCCUUGCACUUCCCGCCGCAGCGAAGCCGCAGUGAAGCUCUCCGCUGUGAACGUCGCUGAGCACCUUACUGCCUGUAGACGCCUGAUACGAGGCUCUGGGACGCCACUUCUCUGAGGAACAGAGCACUUUGGAGGCAACACCAGGAACUUUUUGUUUUUGUUGAAAGAAAAGAGAAAAACCUGCUGCUAUUGAUGUUUGUGUGUUUCAGGGUUCGGCCCAUUGCAGACGGAUCUUUCUAGAGAAGUCGUGGCUCUUAUUCUCAAGUAGCAGGAGUCCGGUUCCACACAUUUAAUGUUGGUUCUUGUGGUCGGAUGGAGAACGGAUCAUGCCAUCUGAGGAGAGUCAUCCGUUUAGUUCUAGAUCAUUCUAAGAAGUGAACUUCCCUGAUCUGGUGCUUCCAACCCUGCCUGUAGCAUUAGAACAAUCAUUGUCCUGUUCUCUAGGUUCUCCUGUUCUCGUUGGUUUAUUUCUCCAUGACGCUCGUCUGUAAUUACUGUUGAGAAAAAAGUAUUUCUCAUCUUUUUGUUCUUGUAACUUCUAACACAAAACAACCUUUCUGUUGUAACCUUGUACAUAUGUUCUUUUAAUAAAUCCUUACCAACUCCA